AUGCUUCCCCCACCAACGAUCGGAACACCACGCACAAAAUCUAUUUUCUUUUUCUGCUUACUACUCUUAUUCAGCCUAGUCUCUCUUUCAUUUUCCGGCGACGCCUUGCUGGGUCCUAUGCCUCUGUUUGGCAAUCAGGUGAAGGCCACUCUUGGGGAUACUAAUAGUUUCUGUAAGGAUACACCUGGACCUUGUGAUCCACAGGUCACUGCGCUUCUUGCCAUUGCUGAUGAUCUUGGAUAUCCAAUCACGCUUGCCCAAUCCUGGAAAGGAAAUGAUGCAUGCCAGCUGAACUGGGCAUUUAUCACUUGUGAUUCGCAGGGGAAGAAUGUGACUACUGUGAAUCUUGGAAAUCAGCGUUUCUCAGGUACUAUUUCACCAUAUUUUUCGAAAUUGACUUCAUUGAGGAACCUGUAUUUGAAUGAUAAUAAUCUUACCGGUCCAAUUCCGGAAACCUUGACAACUUUGCCUCAUCUUCAAGUCCUUGACGUUUCUAAUAACAAUUUGUCUGGGCCUAUACCCUCUUUUCCACCUGCUGUAAAGAUUUCUAUUGAUGGUAACUUAUUUCUUGGGAAGAAUGUGAGCUCCAGUGACCCAGAGAGUGGUGGUUCACCUGAUACGGUGUUGAAUUCUGAGGCUCCCAGCAAUUCAAAUGGGUAUACGUACUCUCUUACAGUCGGCCUGGCUACUAAAACUAUUAUAUUGUUUUUUGCUUUUGUUGUGCUCAAAAUUCUCAUAGUGGUUGUGUGUUACAAGUGCCACGCCUGGAGGAAAGGCCUAUUUGUGAAAGAUGGUCGGAUGUCGAACAAUCAGACCGGGGAAAAAACAUUUCCGGCCAAAAAAACUGGAAUCGUGGCUAUUCCAAUCCAAGUUCUUGAAAAAGCGACCAACUUUUUCAGUAAAGAGAAUGUGUUAGGGAGCGGAGGAUAUGGAGUCGUUUACAUGGGUGAAUUAGAUGAUGAAACUAAAAUUGCUGUGAAGAGGAUGAAAGAUGGAGGAACACUUACGAAAAGAAUGAAUGAGUUCCAAGCAGAGAUUUCAUUUCUGAACAAUGUUAGGCAUAGGAAUUUGGUCACAUUGCUUGGCUAUUGCAUCAAUGAAAACGAGAGGCUUUUGGUGUAUGAGUACAUGCCACAAGGUACUUUGGCUCAUCAUUUGUUUGAUUGGCAAAAGCAAGGCUUUGGUCCUCUAACUUGGAAUCAAAGGGUAACAAUUGCAUUAGAUGUGGCUAGGGGGAUUGAGUAUCUUCAUAACUUGGCUCGUCAAAGUUUUAUUCAUAGAGAUAUAAAGUCCUCAAAUGUUCUUCUCAACAAUGACAUGAGAGCCAAGGUUGCGGAUUUCGGGUUGGUCAAAAUGACUUUGGAUGGCAAAUCUUCAGUUCAUACACGAGUAGCUGGGACAUUUGGUUAUCUUGCACCAGAGUAUGCUACUACGGGACGAGUCACAAAAAAAGUAGAUGUUUAUGCAUUCGGAGUUGUUUUAAUGGAGUUAAUCACGGGUAAAAAAGCUGUCGAUGAGACGUUGGCCAAUGAAAUGUGUCAUUUAGUCACAUGGUUUCGCAAGAUUAUUAGAAAAAGGAAUAACCUUGGGAAUGCUAUUGACCCAACUCUUGAUCAUGAUGAGCAAAUAUUUGAGAGCAUUUCUAAGGUUGCAGAGCUAGCAAUUCACUGCACUGCAAACAAAUCUUUUGGACGACCAGAUAUGGGACAUGUUGUUAAUGUCCUUUGUCCCUAUGUACAACAAUGGAGACCUUUGAGACCAGAAGAAAUAAAUGAAAAAUGUGGUGGUCUUGACAUCCAUAUGAGCCUUCCUCUCGUGUUUGACUAUUCAUCUACUCAAAAUUUGUCCUUGAUAGAUACACAACUUUAUAGACACCGUCCUAGGCGAAGCGCACAAUUUUAAUUUUUAGACUCAUAUUUUCUUAGAUUAGAUCAAUGUUAGUUUUUGUGUAUUGGGCCAUUGGCCGUGUUUAUUGUCAAAAUAUUCUUGUUUCCUUGCUCUUACAAAACUAUGCUUUCUUUUGUAUGUCUGGUUGGAAACAUUUCCUAGUUUUGUUUAUGUUAAUCAUGUUGCUUAUAUGGAAGGGGUAGAUUUUAUGUAGUAGGGUUUUUAGUGCUAUAUAUACGGGUGAUGGCCGCUAAAGAGAGGUGUGGAGCAUACAGAUCGAGAAUACAUCAAGUAUGCAGAAAGGCUACUCAAGGGAUGUGUUCCAUCAAUGGGACUAUAGUCCGUCAUUGAGCUUUUGAUUUACAUGUAUUGAUUAGAUGGGAGUAUGAUGCAAUUGGUGUUGCAACUUUUUCAAGGUAAAAAGGAUUCUGCGUCAUGAGGGUCUUGUGAUCAUCAAUUUCUAGCGGUACUCUUGAACAGUACCAAUAGAUGCGGGGAAGGUGAUCGUAUUGUGUAAAUUUCAGGGUCAUUCUACUUAAAUAUGCUUAGUAAAUUGAUCUUGAUUUGGGCUAGUGCCCCAUGGAUUC